GCGGCCGCAGGAACAAUACGGCGGCGGGCGCGGAGCCGCGCGGCCGCCCCGCACCAUGUACGCGUUCGUGCGGUUCCUGGAGGACAACGUGUGCUACGCGCUGCCCGUGUCCCGCGUGCGGGACUUCAGCCCCACCUCCCAGCAGGACUUCGACAACCAGAAGGUCUACACCGUGUACCGCAACCCCGAGGAGGCGGCGGACGAGGACGACGAGAGCCCCGGCGAGUGGGGCGACCGCCUGCUGCUGCACAAGGCCCAGAUCCUGGCGCUGGCAGAGGACAAAACUGACCUUGAGAACAGUGUGAUGCAGAAGAAAAUUAAAAUCCCCAAACUCUCUCUCAAUCACAUAGAAGAAGCUGGGGAGGUUACAGAUUAUGGAGAAGAAGAUGUGGAGCUUAGACACAGUAAGAGACAAGAUGGAAGGAAACAGAGUGAAGGUACACACAAAAGCAUUGAAGCAGUUGUUGCUCGCCUUGAAAAACAGAACGGGAUGAGUCUCAGUAAUACUUCCAGCCCUGAGGAGGCUUUUAUGGAGGCUACAGAAGGCAUGAACAAUAUGGACGAUGCUGUAGUUCCUCGGAUUCUCUAUGAGGAAUUGCUGAGGAGUUACCAGCAGCAACAGGAAGAAAUGAGACACAUUCAACAGGAGCUUGAGAGAACGCGGAGGCAGCUUGUGCAACAGGCAAAGAAGCUAAAGGAGUAUGGAGCACUCGUGUCAGAAAUGAAAGAGCUCAGAGACUUGAACAGGAGGCUCCAGGAUGUACUGCUCCUAAGACUAGGUAGUGGACCUGCCAUUGAGGUUGAAAAAGUAAAACCUGAAUCAAUUGAACCCGAACCUGAGGUACAGAAGACCUUCAGUGAGGAAGCAAAUACAUCAACGUACUACCCUGCCCCUGUUCCAGUAAUGGACAAGUAUAUUCUCGAGAAUGGAAAGGUCCAUCUUGGCAGUGGAAUUUGGGUAGAUGAGGAGAAAUGGCACCAGCUGCAAGUAACACAAGGAGAUUCAAAGUAUACAAAAAAUCUAGCGGUUAUGAUUUGGGGAACAGAUGUUCUCAAGAACAGAAGUGUCACAGGAGUUGCAACCAAAAAAAAGAAAGAUGCCGUUCCCAAGCCACCUCUCUCACCUCACAAAUUAAGCAUUGUCAGAGAAUGCUUGUAUGAUAGAAUAGCACAAGAAACUGUGGAUGAAACGGAAAUUGCACAGAGACUCUCCAAAGUCAACAAGUACAUCUGUGAAAAAAUCAUGGAUAUCAAUAAAUCAUGUAAAAAUGAAGAAAGGAGGGAAAUUGCAAAAUACAAUUUGCAAUAAAUUUUGGAUUUUUAAUAAAGUCUUAGUGUUUUACUUAAGUGUUGGUUUUUGAUUUGUGUGGCAUUUUUGCUGAUGGGAGAAGCUGAAUCUGAAGCAUUGCUCUCUUCCUAUAACUGAUUUGUUUUUUGAGCGGUUCUGUCAUGGUGUAAACUGCUUUUAAGUAAUGUAAGAUAUAUUGUAAGUUCACUCACAAUGAAAACUGAAGUCUCCAAGGUUUCUCCAGCGAGUUGCAGUUUGUUACCUGCGGCUGUACAAAGGUUGUGGUUCUGCGGACACCGACCCAUUUGCCCUGCAUUGAGUUUUACUGGAGUUAGUGGAUCUCAGCUGCAGUAAAACAUCUGCUUAGAAGGAAGAACUGUACAAAAUUCACUUUGCUAUUGAAAAGGGUUUUUAUUGUAUUUUACGAAGUGUUUUUUCUGAAAUGAAGUUGCAGUCAUUCAAUUUUUAAAAAUCUUUGUUUUG